AUGGCUAGAAGAAAAGGUGGUAGAAAAGGUAACAAGAAGACAUUUGGUGCUCGUGAUGAUACCAGAGCUCGUGUAGGUUGGAAUGACCUGGUUAGAGAGAAUGAAAAAUGGGAAAAAUAUUAUAAGACUUUAGGUUUAAUCAAAGAAGAUGAAUGGGACAGUUUCAAAAAAACUUGUCAAUCUCCAUUACCACUUACCUUCAGAGUUACUGGUUCCAGAAAACAUUCUACUGAGGUUUUAAACCUAUUUAGGGAAAAACAUCUACCAAACUUAACCGAUGUAACCUUCGAAGGUGAAAAGAUUAAGGCUCCAAUGGAGUUGAAAUGGUAUCCAAACGAUUAUGCUUGGCAAUUGGAUGUUCCAAAGACUGUCAUCAGAAAGAAUGAACAAUUUGCAAAGACUCAAAGAUUCUUGGUUUUGGAGAACGCUGUGGGUAAUAUUUCCAGACAAGAAGCUGUUUCAAUGAUUCCACCAAUUGUUUUAGAUGUUGAACCACAACAUACCGUUUUAGAUAUGUGUGCUGCACCAGGUUCCAAGACUGCUCAAUUGAUCGAAGCUCUGCACAGAGGUGCAGAUGAACCAAGUGGGUUCGUUGUGGCCAAUGAUGCUGAUGCAAGAAGAUCUCAUAUGUUAGUCCACCAAUUGAAAAGAUUAAACAGUGCCAAUUUACUUGUGGUUAACCAUGACGCUCAAUUUUUUCCUAGAAUUAGAACCAAUGAAGAUACUAAGGACUUCUUGAAAUUCGACAGAAUUUUAUGUGAUGUUCCCUGUUCAGGUGAUGGUACAAUGAGAAAAAAUGUCAAUGUGUGGAAAGAUUGGAACACACAAGGUGCCUUGGGUCUACACACUGUUCAAUAUAACAUUCUAAACAGAGGUUUACAUUUAUUGAAGAAUGGUGGUAGAUUAGUUUACUCUACAUGUUCUUUGAACCCAAUCGAAAACGAAGCUGUUGUUGCUGCUGCUCUAAGAAAAUGGGGUGACAAAAUCAGAUUAGUUAAUUGUGACGAUAAAUUACCAGGUUUGAUUAGAGAUCAUGGUAUCUCAAAAUGGCCAGUAUUUGAUAGAAAUAUGGAUGUCAAGAGUAAAACUGAUGAAGGUAUGUUAGAAAGUUGGUUCGAGCCUUCUAAUGAGGAAGCCGAAAAAUUCGGUCUAAAUAACUGUAUGCGUGUCUAUCCUCACAAACAAAACACUGGUGGUUUCUUCAUCACUGUCAUUGAAAAGGUCAAUGAGGAACUAACUGGUUCUUCUGAAACUUCUAGCAAGAGACCUGCCACAUCAUCUAUUACUACUUCUGAACCUGCUGCAAAAAUGCAAAAAAAUAACGACGCUGAACCUCAAAAGAAGGAAAGAUUACCUAUUGAUGCUAACGAAGAACCUUUCAUCUUUGUAGAUCCUGAACACAAAUCAUUGAAGUCUUGUUGGUCCUUCUACGGUAUUGAUGAUAAGUUUCAAAAGAAUACCUGUCUGGUUAGAAAUGGUACUGGUGAACCAACUAGAGUUGUGUAUACUGUUGCCCCAUCUUUGAGAGAUAUUAUUCGUGCUAAUGAUGACAGAUUAAAGAUGAUUUAUUCCGGUGUUAAAUUGUUUGUAUCUCAAAGAAGUGACAUUGAAUGCUCUUGGAGAAUCCAAAGUGAAUCCCUACCCAUCAUGAAACAUCAUAUGACUUCUAACAGAAUUAUCAAGGGUAAUCCAGAAAUGCUAAAAUUGUUACUGUUAGAGGCUUUCCCAUCAUACGAAGACUUAGAAAGGGAUAACCUUGAUCCUGAAUUUGUUAAAGAAAUGCGCGCUAUCAGCUCAGGGUGUGCUUUCAUUGAUGUUCAAAGAAAUGACGAUAACAAAGAGAACUUGUUUUUGCCAGUUUGGAAGGGUUCUAAAUGUAUCAACUUAAUGGUAUCUAAAGAAGAUACUCAUGAAUUGCUGUAUAGAGUGUUUGGAGUUGAAACAAGUGCAAAAGAUAACAAGCAAGCUCAAAAACAAGCUGAACACCAACAAGCUAAAACUGAGGAAACUCCAGUUGCUGAAGUUAUUGCUGAUGAUGAUUCCAAAUAA